GGUGAGAUGCCAAGUAGAAAACAGAGUGAAGAUGUGGAAGCUACGAACAUUCUUCAUUCGUGCACAAGUUAGAGCCUAUGGCUCGGAUACCCUACAGCGGACACCACUCUAUGAUUUUCACGUCAAGCAUGGCGGGAAGAUGGUUCCUUUCGCCGGUUACUCUAUGCCGGUGCAGUACUCAUCACAAUCCAUAGCCGACUCCCAUAAACAUUGUCGGCAGCAUGUAACUAUUUUCGAUGUCUCUCACAUGCUGCAAAGCAAACUGCACGGACCAAAUAGAGUUAGCUUCAUGGAGUCCCUCGUGGUUGCUGACAUCAAGGGUCUCAAAACGAAUACCGGGAGCUUGACCGUGUAUACAACCCCGUCCGGAGGGAUAAUCGAUGAUUUGAUCGUGUCGUCAACGCCAGAUUAUCUGUACAUUGUGAGCAAUGCCGGAUGUGCUGAAAAAGAUCUCGCCCAUGUCAACAAGGAAUUGUCUUCCUGGAAAGAUGUCGAGCUGGAAGUUAUCGAAGAUCACGCCCUGAUCGCCGUACAAGGACCAUCAGCUCACAGGCUCCUCUCCGAAGUGGCUUCGUGUGACAUGAACGCCCUGAAAUUCAUGAACACAACCCUCUGCGAUGUCGCCGGCGUUCCAUGCAGGGUCACGCGCUGUGGAUACACCGGAGAAGAUGGCGUGGAAAUAUCGAUACCCGAGGCCAAGGCAGAACAGGUCGUCGAAGCCUUGUUGGCGUCGAAAGAUGUUGACGUCAAGAUGGCUGGACUAGGAGCCCGAGACACACUCAGAAUGGAAGCAGGGCUCUGCUUGUAUGGUAAUGACAUCGAUGAAACAAUUUCACCGAUAGAGGCCGGCUUGGCUUGGACGGUUGCGAAACGAAGGCGCCAAGAGGGUGGAUUCCCUGGUCAUGAUGUCAUUAUGAAACAUCUCACAUUGAAACCUCAAAGACGAAGGGUCGGCCUACUCUUGGAGUCGGGAGCACCAGCGAGACACGGCUCUGAGAUCCUCGAUACUUCAUCAUCGGCAGUCGGUCAAGUCACGUCGGGCGGACCCUCACCGAGUCUGGCGAAAAAUAUCGCCAUGGGAUACGUCCCGACAAAACUGUCAAAAGUCGGAACGGAGCUCACAGUCAAAGUUCGGAGCAAGCUCCUGAAGGCGACGGUUGUCAAGAUGCCUUUCGUGAACACCCAUUACUACAUCUGAUUGUUCAUUCAUGCUCAUCUCGACUGGGACUAAAUUACGAUGCUCAAUCUCCAAAUAAAAAAGAAACUCAA